CACGAGACAAAGCAGGGAGCACAAGCAGAGAACCAUUUGAUGGAAGAAAAGAAAAAGAAAAAGCAAGAAGAAAAGAAAAAGAAGGACGCCGCUCAGAAAAAGGCCAACGAACAGAAAACCAAAGUGCCAGACUCUGCCAAGCCCAGCCCCACCCCUCCUCCUCUUCCCCCCGCCAACCCCAUUGCAGCCCCGUCCGUGCCCUCCACCAGCAGUGGCAAUGGCAAGCGCCCCCCCUGUGGUGCCCAGCCGACACAGCAGCAGACCCCGAGCCAGCCCCCACAGCGCUACCCGGCCAGAGAGGUGCCUCCGCGCUUCCGCCAGCAAGAGCACAAGCAACUGUUGAAGAGGGGCCAGCCCCUGCCCCCCGGCACCCUGCCCCCUGCCCCAGGGCGCCCAGAGGCCACAGCCACCCACUCGCCACCGCACCACUCUGCAGCCAGCCUGCCAACAGAACCGCCCCCACAGAGUGGCUUGGGAACCCAGUAUGAGAACCCCCACUGGGGAAAGCCGUCAACCAAUCGGAGUGCCGCUAGCAGCACAGCUUCCACCAAUCACAGCAGCUGGGAUCAACUAAUCAUCACCGAAAACGACACAGAGGCGUGGCCCUCUAUCUGCCGCAGCGAGAGCCAGAGCCGCCACACCCUCCCAGGAGGAUGUGGGGUGGACGCUGACGUAGGUGGACCGGCCAGCAGUAGCAGCAGAAGUUUGAGUAUGGCCACGGGGGCUAACGGCCAGACUGGCCACUUCCCUGCCAACCACCCCAGCAGCAAAGCCAGCUCUGCGCCUGGCCUAGCCAAUCACACCGGGGCCGCCGUGGUAUCCAGCCAGGCCGCAGCCAAUCGUGGCUGGGGAUCCGGGCCCGUACCCUCCCACUGCUCUCCUCAGUCCUCAGUGGGGGGCGGGGACGGCAAGAGCGACGGGCCAAUGGGAGGAAGCCGGGGCUGGGGCUCCGGCUCCUCGUCCGCCAGCAACUUUAACUUGAACCUGAACCCGAACGCCAACCCCUCGGCCUGGCCUGUGCUGGGGCAUGAUGGGGGCGGCGCUGGGGGAGGCAGCUCGGGGGGAGCCAACUCCCCUCCUCAACCCCCACCCAGUCUCUGUAACCCGCCCGGCGCCCCAUCCGCCCAGGGAAACGGCAAUGCUGGAACCGUGGGCGGCGCCAACAGCAACCUGACAGGAAGUGGCAGCGCCUGGGGGGGCAUGAUGCCCUCCGACCCCAAGGAGCUUCUUUCCUCCCCUUCCACAAAUGUGUCUUUCAGCUCCGAACCUCCGAACCUUAACACUGACGGACCAAAUCACACUAGCAAGCAAGAGCCGCCUAGCCCCAUCCACAGUCUGUCCAGCUGGGGGGGGGCCCACAUGGGCAUGCCCCCGCCCGGAGCUCCCCAGGUCAACGGAGAAGAGGGCAGCUCUGUGUGGGGCAGCAACGAAGACCCCAAGCCUGCCUCUGCCAAGGAGGCCUCGGGCUGGGACUCUGGGUCCGGCUGGGGCAGCGGAGGAGGGAGCUCCGGAGGCUGGGGGACCCAGGCCAGUGGAGAGUGGGGCAAGCGGCCAUCAGGCGAGGCCCCAGGCUGGGAGGCCCCAGGCUCCCCUCCCCAGGACCAGCAGACGAGCUCCUGGAACCGAGCACCGAGCAACGCUGGUGCCAGUGAGGGCAGCAGCAGCGAUGGUGCCGAAGGACACUCACGCCAUCGCGACCGCCCCACCAGGGAUGAGCCAGCCCCGCUGCUGCCCACCCCUGACCUGGACCCCCGGGUGCUGUGCAACACAGGCUGGGGCCAGACCCCUGUCCGCCAGCACACCACCUGGGACAUGGAGGAGGCCGCUCGCCUCAAAAGCAAGAAUGACGCGGGGGCCGACUCUUGGGGUUCAGGCCCCAACACCCCCACGGACACCCAAGGGCCUCCCAACCUCGGGCCCCCUCCCAGGGCUGAAGGGGGUGGCAAGAGUGAGGGGCCUGGUCCUCAGGGUGCCCAAGGGUGGGGUGGCAGCAUGCCUACCACCAACCCAGCCAACUCUGGCUGGGGAGAGCCCCCCAGCAUCAAGAAGCCCUCCAACAAUGGCCCUGGGGGCUGGGGUAACCCUCCACCAGGGGGCCAUGGUACCAACAUUCCCAAAAGUGGAGUCCAGUCCUGGGGAGAGGAGAAGUCCCCCAGCUGGGACGAGCCUCACAGCAAGGCCAGUAAGCCCCAGGGAUGGGGAGACCAGGCCAAGCCAUCCCAAGGAUGGGGCAAUGGUCCUGGAGGAGGUGGUAACAACAAUGGAGGAGACUGGGGAGAACCUGGAGAUGGGAAGAAGAACGCCCCCUCAAACCCACCCUGGGAGGGAGAGGCAGGAGGCUGGAAGGAAAGCCCUCGAGGCUGGGGUAAGCCUGGCCCAGGGGUGGCUGGUCCUGGACCUGGAGGGGGCUGGGGAGAAACAGUGGCCCAGCGCCCAAGUGGCCCUGCCCAGGGAUGGGCGGGCAAGCCCCAGGAGGGGCCCAAUGGCAAUAGUGGAGGAGGGGGGAGCAUGGGCUCAUGGGGGGGCACUGGCUCAGUGAAGCAGGGCGGAGCCUCCGGUUGGGGGGGCGGCGGCAAGCCGGACCCUUCAGGAGGAGGAGAGCCCACUGGCUGGGAGGAGCCUUCCCCACCUUCGAUUCGACGCAAGAUGGAAAUCGACGACGGUACCUCAGCCUGGGGCGACCCUACCGCAUACAACAAGGCAGUCAACCUGUGGGACAAGAACAACCCUGGGACAGCCCAGGGCAAAGCGCCCCCUGGUGGUGGAGGAAGCAGCAAGCCCCCAGGGCCUGUCAACAACAGCAACAACCACCAUCACGCUCACCCCUACCACGGUCCACCACCACCCCUGCAGAGCCACGGCCACAACCCUCAGAACCCCGGAAGCAACAGCGGCCCCAUGGACACAGCAGGACCCCACCUGGCUGGACCCCACCUGGCUGGACCUCACCUGGCUGGACCUCACCUGGCUGGACCUCCACACAGCAGACCUCCCCUCAUGGCUCCAGGCUGGGGAGAGCCACCCCACUCCAAAGCCGAGCCCUCCUGGGGGGAGCCAGCGGGACCCCCGGUCAGCCUGGACAACGGGACGUCUGCCUGGGGCAAGCCCACCGGCAGCCACGGGGGCUGGGGGGACAACAGCCCCGACACCUAUGGCAGGGGCAACCCUCCUCUCGGACCUGCACCCUGCAAACCAGCCCCCAAAUCUAUGCAAGACGGCUGGGGUGGCGGAGGGGAAGAGAUGGGGAUGUCAGGGGGCCAGUGGGACACUGACGAAGGGGACAUGUGGAACAGCACCGCCUCCCAGGAGAGCAGCAACUCCUGGGGCAACGGACCCAAGAAGGGCCCUCCCAAGGGAAAGGUCCCGAGCAAGCAGGAGGACGCCUGGAUCAUGAGCCGCCUGACCAAGCAGCUGACUGACAUGGGCUUCCCUAGAGACCCAGCGGAGGAGGCUCUGAAGAGCAACAACAUGAACCUGGACCAGGCCAUGAGCGCCCUGCUGGAGAAGAAGACCGAGCUGGACAAGCGCGGGGGGAUGGGAGGCAUGUCCGACUACAACAACGGCCUCAUCAACAAGCCCAUGGCCUGCCGCCCCCCCCCCCCCUCCUCAGACCGCAGCCCCUUCCUGGACAAGGUAAUGCAGAGUGGAAUGUUUGGCAGUAGUGGAGCAGCACAAGCCCGGGCCAUGCAGCAGCAGCAGCCGCUUGCUCCCCAGCCGUCAGUGCCACCUCUCAGCUCCUCCCAGCCUAGUCUACGCGCUCAAGUGCCUCAGUUUAUCUCCCCUCAGGUUCAAGCACAGCUCUUGCAGUUUGCCGCAAAAAACAUUGGUCUGAAUCCUGCACUUUUGACCUCACCAAUAAACCCUCAACACAUGACUCUUCUGAACCAACUCUACCAGCUGCAACUGGCUUACCAGCGUUUACAAAUUCAGCAGCAGAUGUUGCAGGCCCAGCGCAAUGUUUCCGGCCCCAUCCGACAACAAGAGCAGCAAGUUGCACGUACAAUCAAUAACAUGCAGCAGCAGAUCCAACAGCACCAGCGCCAGCUGGCCCAGGCCCUGCUGAUGAAGCAGCAGCAGCUGCCCCCCUCCCACUCCAGCCUGCACGCCGGCCAUAGCGCCGGCAAAUCAGCCCUGGACUCCUUCCCGGGACACCCCCAGGCUCCGGGCCUACCCGACCUGCAGACCAAAGAGCCGCAGUCUUCUCCAAACUCUUACAGCCCUUACCCUCUCUCUGGACUGAAUCCUAACAUGAAUGUAAACUGCAUGGAGGUGGGGGGUCUGUCUAUGAAAGAGCCCCCCCAGCCCCAGUCCCGCCUCUCCCAGUGGACACACCCCAACUCCAUGGAGAGUCUCUCGGGAAGCUCCUCCCCCCUGGAGUCCAACCUGGUGAAGCAUGGUGCCAAUCUUUGCCCCCCAGGCAAGCCCCCCCUGGAUGACUCAUACAGCCCCUACAAUAUGAUGCCCAGCUCGGACUCCCCCACCAGCCCCCUGGUGCCCCCGGACAGCUGGGGCCAGGGCAAGACCUCCAAUGACAAGAUGGCCAACGGCACCAACAUCACCUGGCCUCCAGAGUUCUGUCCCGGAGUGCCCUGGAAGGGCCUGCAGAACAUCGACCCGGAGAACGACCCCAACAUGACCCCGGGCAGCGUGCCCAGCGGGCCCACCAUCAACACCAACAUCCAGGACGUCAACCGCUACCUGCUCCGGGACCGCAGUGGAGGCUCCUCCCCCACCUCAUCUCAGAACGAGGCUUUGCCUCCAGCCCCUGAUUGGCCCGUCAGUGCCUACUCUAGCUCAUUCUCUCUGUCGUCCCCGGAAACGGACGACCCAGGUAAACUGUCGGACAUGAAGUCCACCUGGUCCCCAGGCCCCAUCUCCCACAGCCAGGCCUCCCUGUCCCACGAGCUGUGGAAGGUGCCCCAGGGGCCCCGCAACACCACGGCCCCCUCCAGGCCCCCGCCGGGCCUCACCAACACCAAGCCCCCCUCCUCCACCUGGGGGGGCAACUCCCUGGGCCUGGCCCAGGGCUGGAGCAGCUCCUACACCUCAGCAGGUACCACAUGGAGUACAGACAGCUCCACCAGGACCAGUAGCUGGCUGGUUCUGAGAAACCUCACUCCACAGAUUGACGGCUCCACCUUGCGGACGCUGUGCAUGCAGCACGGCCCCCUCAUCACAUUCCACCUCAACCUGACCCAGGGCAACGCCUUGGUGCGCUACAGCUCCAAGGACGAGGCCGCCAAAGCCCAGAAGUCCCUGCACAUGUGUGUGCUGGGGAACACCACCAUCCUGGCUGAAUUUGCUGGGGAGGAGGAAGUGAAUCGCUUCUUUGCACAGGGCCAGUCUCUCGGGGCGACCACCAGCUGGCAGGCCAACCCAGGCACCAAUCAGACGCGGAUGGGCGGGAACGGCCACGGAGCCCAACACCCCAUUGGCCACUGGAACAGCGGCCUCGGAGGAGGCGGACCCAAGACUGGCGGAGAACUCCUAUGGGGCGGCGUGCCGCAGUACUCCAGCCUAUGGGGGCCUCCCAGCGGGGAGGAGGGGCGGGUCAUGGGGAGCCCCACCCCCAUUAACACGCUGCUGCCUGGGGAUCUGCUGAGCGGGGAGUCCAUGUAGAGACAUGGAGCCCAGGCCAAACACACACACAGGAGCAAAGAAUUUGCAAAUCAUUGUGGUGAUAAUCAGUGUGGGUGGACUAGUGAAGGAGAGGCUGAGGCCAAACUCAGUGUCUACGCUGCUGACGCUCCUCCACUCCUCCUGAAACAUCAUGUGUCGUUUUGUUAUUUGUAAUCUUUUUUUUUUUCUCAUAAUUUUUUUUGUCCUUCGUCGGCAAGAGACUUGGUUACAGUGCUCAACUUUACUUUUGGAGAAGCAGGAGAGGAGGUCUUUGACUCAACAAAGGAAAGAUAACUUUUUUCUUUCUUACAUACUUCAAAAUAAAAAUCGAAUAAAAAAAGAUUUCAUGUCAGACGUGUAUCCUAGUCGAAUUGACACACAAACGAGCUGCCAUCCUCAAAACUCUCACCCUCACUCCUCUCUCUGCUGCCCCCGGAGGCAGUCACCGGACACCUCAGAGGAAAGGCAUCAUUCCCAAAGCAAGCCCUGUCGGAGGGUUCUAGAACGUCCUAGCGGUCAGGACUUCACGUUUGUGUUCUCAGCACUAAUACUAGCCUUAACCUCCCGUCACUCCGUACAUACUGAAGAAAAUGUACUGAGAAACUGCACACUCAUUUCUGAGCCAGCGAAUCAGAGGAUGGGGGGGGGGUGUGGACGUGGCUGGGCGGGGGCGGUACCGCUGGCAGCUCGAGCCCCCUGUCGCUAAGCAUGCCCCACCCCCCACACCUGCAACUCUUAAAGGGAUUGAUGCAACUCUGUUCUGCCUUGUUCAUUCAAGCCAUUUUGUCAUGUGUUGUAUUUUGGUCAUUGCAAAGUUACGCUGAGAGAACCUUGUUUCUCAAAUGUGUCAAUCUUUUCUGUGGGGGAGGGUGCGUAGGAAAGGUUUAACUAACCACUGCUUCUACUAAACUGAAACGCAUCCUUUUUUGGGUGGGGGGGGGGGGGGGGGUGCACCUCGACGUGUUCUUCAAGGACGACUUCCCGUCUGGUUUCAGUCCGGAAGCCUGGCAAAUUUUCUGACUCUGUGGAUGACCUCAGUCAUAUGUGGUCCACUGGUAUCUGACAGGAAACCCACACCAUUUCAAGUGACGUGCAAUAUAGGCCACAGACCCCUACCUACCGUCCAUGUAACCAAGGCCGGUAAAACUACAGGUUCCUAUCGCGCUCUCCCCAUCCUAUCCUUUCAGAGGGAAGCGACCGCGUGGAACGACAUACUUCAAGAACUGGAUAUCUGGUCACACUCCUGGACUCUACGACCCCCCCCCGCACCCUGCGAGUGUGUGUGAUCUGGGGAGCUGUAGCUGAACUAGAACGCUCUUCAGUCUGGUACACAAGGAGGCGCACCAAGCACUUCCGACGCUUCCUGUCCCCACACACUUGUGCAUGUACACACCCACACACGCCAGUGGCAAGGGGAGGGGCAUACCAAAAUAUGAGGUGUUCCUUACUACAGAGAAGACUGAGGCUUUUUUUUUUUUUGUGGUUGUAUUUGGUACAAAAAUGUAUGGAACAAAGAUUUGCCUGGUUUCUAAAUAGGUGGUUUCUCAAAGCACUUAGCAGGAGCCUCCCCAGCUCCUCCUUCAAUGCCAACCAAUCAGAAGAGUGGAGAAGCGACUCUGAAAACAAAGACAAAAGCAAUCUAACAUGGCUUCUCCGUGCUCUUGUGUGUGAAGUGUACAUUUGGAUGUGAAAACAAUAAUCCUUUUUUUGUUUAUAUAUAUAUAUAUAUAUAUAUAUAUAUAUAUAUCCUUCCCUCAGAAUGUGGGACCUGGUAGGAUACAAAAUGGUAGCAAAGUGAAGGGAAAAAGACAAUGUCAGAACAGACUUUACCUGAGUGGAGGAUUUUGGAGCAAGAACUCUUCUUAUCUCUUUGUCCUCUCAACUAUAUCAAAGUAAAUAUCACUGUUACAUUACUCUGAAAUACUUUAGCCUUGGUAUCUGGAGAUUAGGCUUGAAGCCUUCACGAUCACCAGGGAGAAUUGCCAUGUCUCUCUCUCUCUCUCUCUUACGCUCUUCUCUUUCGGAGGCCCUGCCAACCCGUAUGAGUGUGGCCAUUGAGUGCCUGCCUGCUGCCCAGCUCCCGGAGCCCCCCAGCCAGGGCUCUGCAGCAGCUCUCACCCCCACCCCACCCUCUACCUCCCUGGGGACAAGCUCAGACUGGCUCCCCCCUGCCCUGUGCCCUUCCUGGGCCUCCUGGCCAAGAGCAGCUCCAUCACAACUGGUCCACUCCUGUUACCAACUUCUACUAUUACUACUACUGCGCCAGCCUCUGUCAUCAGCAACCUCCACUCCACACUCUCCCCCUUUUCUAUCUCCCAUGCAAGGAUCACUUUAUCCAGAGGGAGAGGUUUGAUUUGGUUGUUCUUGUUUGUUUGUUUGUUUUUUCCUUUAUGGAAUCGCCAGUGUUUUCCUUUCGUUGUUAACCUCGCUGUUAUCUUUGAUGAUGUGUUCAUGUUUUAUGGUGACAAUGAUGAUAAGGAUGUAUGGCUGUUGAUGGCGCUGUUUAAAUGCAGUGUUUAUCCGCCCUCCUGCCCCUUUCUCUUCCUGGCCUCUCCCAGGUGGAGGCUCACCUCAGCAACUUCUACGGAGAGCCUCUCGCGGGCUGGAGCGGUCGAGGCCGUUGUACUUUAGACCCUGGAGGAGGUUGGAGAUAUGCAGGUAAACCAUCAGUUGAGGGAAGGCUCCUGCUAUUGCCCCUGCUGCCUCAUCCUCUCUCAGCCUGCUCUCUACCCUUCGAUGGGGUAUCCCCCCGUCUCUCGUACCGUGGGCUCUCUCUCCACAUCACCACUUUAUUCUGUACCAACUACACACACCGACGCAGCCUGCCGAUUCUAUGCAAAGUCAAGGAGGUGUGUCUUCAGAUCCAUCCUUCUAUCAACUACACACACUCACAC